AUGGCCAAUCCAAUGGUUCGCCCUCUGCUACAUUUGUAUCCGGAGAAGAGUGCGCCACACCUGUCUGAGGCCCGUCAGGCUGACAGAUGGUUGUCUGAAGUCGAGCCCAAGUAUGCCGGCAUCAUGGCGCGCGAUGCUGAGGGACAGCAAGACUAUUACAUACACGAGCCGUGUCUCGCUGACCUCGAUGGCACGGGAAAACCUGCCAUAGUAAUGCCCGUUCGAUUCUUCAUGAAGAACGGCUCGAUGCACGCGCAAGCACAUUGCAUGACAGUGCUCGAAGACGGCUUCGUCAUUGAAGCAGGCCGAAAGCGGGACUGUCGUGAUGUGCCGCUCUCUGCACUCAAGUUAAGCUUUCCACGGCUCCUUGAGUCAUUUGCGCUCUAUAAACUACCGUCGCCAGACCAGAUUAUAGGCGUUCGGCGUCAUAAAUGCAGCUGUCAAAGAAGCCAGACAACUUCAAGUUCGCGUCCCUGUCGACAUAUCGAGAAGUGGGAACAUCCUCCCCUCAACGCAUGGCGUGCGAAAGCCCAGGGCCGUCGUGUUCUGCCCUUGCCGUUAUGGAUGUAUUGUGAUGACACUUCUGGCAAUAGCUCUAAGAAAUGGAAUAAGCAUAACUCGUUCCUGUUUGUGCUGGCAGGAUUGCCGCGUGAGCAUGUCCACCUACCCUAUAAUAUCCAUUUCCUAUCAACGUCAAAUGUUGCCGCUCCACUUGAGAUGUUAGAGGGUAUCUCUGCGGAUCUAAGAGAGCUCCAAGACCACGGUCUCGUCGCUUGGGACUGUGUAUUUAAUGAAGAAGUUAUCUACGUUCCGUGGCCAUUUGCAUUCCUUGGAGAUAACCCAAUGCAAAGCGAGCUAGCCUCCCAUGUCGGCAUGACAGGAAAGUUCUUCUGUCGCGUUUGCACAGGUGGAGAGAAGGACACGUCCAGAGGCCCAACAUCAGCUCAGGAACAGCAUCGGCUUCUUUCAGCAUUUCUCACACUUGGUGCGCCUCGCACACGGGAGCACACUAUUGCAGAACUUCGGAAACAAUGGGACUGCGUCGAGAGUGGUCGACCAUCCCGCGUAGAUGCUACGGCAACACAAUCUGGUGCAAAGGACAAGCAUCUUACUGCGUUCCUCGAGCAGCUCACAGCAGAGCUCGCAAAGCUCAAGACCCAAAAUCAAGACGAAGGACGUCCCGCGAGUGCCGGAUUUCGAGAGCUGCUCGACCAACUUCUUGAUGGGCGAGCACCAGAAGAUAUUCUCAAUCCUAUAUUUACUCUUGAUGAUAUUGAUCCAAACGCAGACACACCAGUAGAGAUACUACAUGUUGUCUUGCUAGGCUUCGCGAAGUACUUCUGGCGUGAUGCCGUCUCCAGGCAGUCUGCUGCCGGUAAACAGACGUUGAAGGCCCGCCUCUCAAGCCUUAAUGUCUCCGGUCUUGGUCUCUUCGAUCUGCAAGGCUCGACGUUCGUCCAAUAUGCAAAGUCUUUAACAGGCCGCGAUUUCCGCGUGAUACUCCAAGUUGCACCAGCAGUACUCUACGAUCUGGUCCCGCCAGAAGCAUAUGAAGCCUGGCUAGCCUUGUGCCGGCUUUGUCCGUUAGUCUUCCAGCCAGAAAUCCGCGAGCUUGACAGCUACCUAGUUAUGCUGCAGGAAGCUAUUGACGAUUUCUUGGCCGCAACAGCUCUAUGGACGACUCAGUGGUUCAAUAAACCGAAGUUUCAUCUUCUUCUCCAUCUCGUGCUCCAUAUUCGCCGCUUCGGACCUGCUAUUCUUAUGGCAACGGAAGGCUUCGAAUCGUACAACUACGUCAUACGUAGUCGCAGCAUUUUGUCCAACCGACAUGCACCAAGCAAGGAUAUUGCCCACUCAAUGAGCUUUACCCAUGCUGUCCGCCAUCUUGUCAGUGGUGGCUUCGUAACGACUCAAGAGGGACUACGACGUCAAGCCGGAAUGUGCGUUCAGGCACUCGCACAUGAUCAGAUCUUUCUUCAGCUUAUGGGCAUGGCACAUCUCGAUGCAGCCUCAGACAGCAAGCUCUCUUGUACGUCUUAG